AUGGACACUUUCACCGACAAAUUCCCAACCUUUCAGCUCGAGGACGAGCUGCUUCUUGAGGAGCGGAGAGAUGUCAUGUAUGGCCACACAUACGCCAGGCGUAGGAGAGCCCGCGAUGUGCGCCGAGCUGAGCAGGCAGCAAAGGCACAUGCGCAGCAGGUUUACCACUCUAGUUUCGCUGAUGAUGAUGGGAUCACAAAAGCUUGCAGCUGUCCUUUGCUUCCACUGAAAACUCAUAUCAAGGGCCCGGCACCAGCCUCUGACCCUGAUAAAGCGGACAUUGUUGAUGAAGCCAUAACUUUCUUUCGAGCCAAUGUUUUCUUCAAAAAUUUCCAUGUGAAAAGCUCAGCAGACAAGUUAUUGAUCUAUCUGACGUUUUAUAUCAAUAUUGCCUUAAAAAGACUAGAAGGUUGUCGGACACUAGCUGUUGGGACUAAAGCAAUCAUUAAUCUAGGAUUGGAGAAAGUUCCUGUACCUGGGGAACCAGGGUUUCCUUUCCCUGGACUUUUCACUCUUCCCCAGUCCCAGGAGGAAGCAGAAUUGUUGAGGAAUUAUUUGAAGCAGAUAAGGGAGGAAACAAGUGGAAGAUUGCUCAACUGUGCAUACAGAGCUAAUGGCUUUCCAAACAAGUGGUGGUUGGCUUUUGCUAAGAGGAAGUUCAUGAACAUUGUCAUCCUUUAGACUUGGGCUUUUUGUACCAACUGGUUCAAGCUGUUUUUUCACUCAUGAUCGUGUGAAGUAUCCACACACAACAAAGAUAGUUAUCCUACAUCCCAAAGUAACAAGCCAAAGACUUCGAUGAUAGGAUAGAUGAAUGACAUAAGAUAAAUUAUUUGUUCCCAAUUUGCGAUGUAUAACCGUGGGAACAGUAAUUAUCAUGUUGUAUUGCCUUUUGUAAUUCUCACCCUGCUAUAUCAGAGAGACGAAACCUGAUACGGGGUACAUUCUACAAUGAUGUCUAAACCGAGACAGUU